CAAACCGUCAUAAUGAAAAGAUCAAAAGGAAGGAAAAAAGAAAGUGAAAAUGAAGCACUGUACAAACAGUUCAGGAAUCUUGAAAAAGAUUGGGACAAUUUCAAGCGAUCCAAUUAUAAACCACAGAAUUUUCCUCAGAUUUCUGCAAAUUCAGACUCUUCAAUUUCUACUCUGGACGUUUUUAAACUUCUUGAAAACUCUCCAAGAAGUCUAAUGUCUUCACUGCAGGACAGCGAAUCACCACUAGAAGAAAGGCUUAAUUCGAAAGUGAAGAAGAAUGAUUUGGCUGUUGAAGAAAUACUAAGGGACAGAAGGACUGCUUUAGCCAGUGGUAAACUUAAAGGAAGACGCCUUUUCGAGGAAAAUGAAGAGGAGGAAAUAUGCAGUGAUUGUCUUGGUUUACUUAAACAAAUGGAUGGAAAUGAUUCCUUAAUUUCUUGCUCAUCAACCUCUUCUUUUGCAACUGAAAAAGAAUCAAAAGAUCGAGAAAUUAGGAUGGUUGAAGGAAAGCAAGUAGAAGAGGUUAUUCAACUCCCAACAUGACCUUUACUUUGAUGUUUAAUAUUUGCAAAUACUGAAUUUCGGUAGUUGAAAUACUGAAAAACUUGUUUGAGGAGUAUUUCAAGCGAAAUAAUGGUUACUGUUCAUAUGCUUGUUGUUCAUUUUCAAUUUUUUGACUUGACAAUAAUGAGGCUA